AUGUUUUUCAUUGAAGGCCAGACUUCACACACAUUCGAGGUCUUACACGGAGGAGAAGUUGUAUACCUGUUCGGAGUGCGGGAAAUGUUUUUCAGAGAAGCCCUUUUCUUCAUAUAUGACAGGGAUCUCAUACGAGGAAAAGCCGUAUUGGGGACAAGAGGGUGA